GCUCGCUUCAGGGAGCCAUGGCCUCGUCAGUCGACUUUGCAGCGGCAAGAGGAGGUCAGAAGCUGCGCCUGUGAGAGCGUCCGACACCACAAGCGAACAUGUCCGAAAAAGCAGCCGCUACAUGUACUAUGCCUCCCGCGGCGUCUGAACACAACAUGAACGCUGCCAGGGAGGCUCACUCGUCGACAGGUGCAGACCUUGAGCUAGCGCCAGACAACGAGAAGCACGAUGACAAGGCACCCGAGAAGAAGAAGGAGAUGUCGGCGGCAGAGGAGGAUGAAGCCGGCAAGGUCUACCCGCCGGCCAAAAAGGCAGUGCUGGUCAUGAUGGGGCUGUAUUUGUCCUUGUUCCUCAUUUCCUUGGACCGAACCAUCAUUUCAACCGCUGUGCCGGCCAUCACGAAUGAAUUCCACUCCAUCGACGACAUCGGCUGGUAUGCUAGUUCCUACAUGAUGACGGCCUGCGCGUUUCAGCUGUUCUUUGGCCGCAUCUACACCUUUUACUCGCCAAAGUGGUGCUUCAUCGUCAGCGUCGCCAUCUUUGAAAUCGGUUCUCUCGUCUGUGCAGUCGCCCCGAGCUCCGCCGCUUUUAUUAUCGGUCGCUCCGUCGCCGGCUUGGGCUCCGCUGGCAUUUUCUCAGGCAGCAUCGUCCUCACCCUGCACAUUGUCCCCCUCCGCCUGAGGCCCGUCUACCAGAGUCUCAUGGGCGCCGUCAUCCUCAUCUCGACCAUUAUCGGGCCCCUCAUCGGCGGCGCCUUCACCACCCAUGUCACCUGGCGCUGGUGCUUCUACGUCAACUUGCCCAGCGGCGGUGCCACCAUUCUCAUCUGCAUGUUUCUCUUACCCGCGAAUCCCGCGAAUCCCACCGAGGCAGAGGUCAAGGCCAAGCAACUGUCGAUCAGGCAGAAGAUCCGACGUCUCGACCCCAUCGGAACGGCCUGCUUUCUUCCCGCCAUCGUGUGUCUUAUCCUCGCUUUGCAGUGGGGCGGCACUGCGUACCCUUGGGGCAACGCGCGCAUCAUUGUGCUUUGGGUGCUUUUUGGGCUCCUGACCAUCGCGUUUCUGGCGGUUCAGGUGUGGAUGGGAGAGGACGCGACGAUCCCGCUUCGCAUCGCCAAAUACCGCAGCGUCUCGGCCAGCACAUGGUUCGCCUUCUGGGUCAGCGCAGCGCUCAUGACUCUAGUAUACUGGCUUCCGGCUUGGUUCCAGGGAAUUCAAGGCGUCGAUGCUGUCGAAUCCGGUGUCAGAAUCCUGCCGACCAUCCUGGCUCUAGUUGUGUCAAGCAUCAUCGCAGGCGGUUCGGUCAGCAGGAUCGGCUACUACACCCCCUUCUUGAUCGCCUGUUCCGUCUUGAUGGCGAUUGGUGCCGGCCUGAUGACGACGUUUAGAAUCGACACUCCAAAGUCGGUCUGGAUUGGCUAUCAGGUCUUGUUCGGCUUCGGCGUGGGCCUGGGUCAGCAGCAAGCCGGUUUGGCGGCCCAGACCGUGCUCCCGACCAAGGAUGUUCCCAUUGGCGUGUCCUUUAAGUUUUUUGGACAGCAACUCGGAGGAGCAAUUUUCGUCUCUGUUGGUCAGAAUGUCUUCAAUGAUAAGUUGCUGGCUGGCCUCGGCGACAUCGGCAUCCGCAACAUCAGCGCCGAGGUUGUGCAGAACCUGGGCGCGACCGAGCUUGUGCAACUCUCACCUGGCCAUGCCCACGAGAUCUUGAUCGCAUACAACGAUGCCAUAACGAGAGUCUUCAUGGUUGGCUGUAUCCUUGCUGCUCUGUCGCUGAUUGGGUCCUUGUUGACGGAGUGGAAGAGCGUCAAGGGCAAGAAUCUCAAGGGGGGCUGAGGCUUCAUUCAGCUUUACUGGUUCGGUAGAAUCACUGUCUCUAUGCUGCACUCAAGUUUCUUCUUUUUGGAUGUACAUGUUCAAAUAGAGUAUUAU